GAGGCGCUCCCCCGCCCCCCAGUACCCGGCUCGGAGCGCCCCCCUUCGGCGGCAGCGGCGGCAAGGAAAGCGAGGGUCGUCCCGAGCUGGAGAAGCAGCUGCCAGAGGUUCAGAGUCCAGCGCCUGCAGAGGAGAAGAGGCAGCUGCUGCUAUGAUCCAGGCACUGGUGCUCCUGUUGCUGGCUGGAAAUGGAGCCUCGGCUACCAGCACCAAUCCGCGUUUGAAGCUCUCCUUUCAUAAUUUGCGACUGCGUCACGGACUGCGCACUUAUGAGCUGGAGCGCUCCUGCUGCUAUGACUCGCUGCUUCUGGAUGAAGAGAGGGGACGGCUCUUCGUGGGUGGAAAAAACUACCUGGCCUCCCUGAGCCUAGACAACAUCAGCAAGCAGGACAAGAAGAUUUACUGGCCAGCGCCUGUGGAAUGGAGGGAAGAAUGCAACUGGGCAGGAAAAGACAUCAAUGCCGAGUGCAUGAACUUCGUCAAGAUCCUGCACCUCUUCAACCGGACGCACCUGUAUGCCUGCGGCACUGGGGCCUUCCACCCCAUUUGUGGCUUCGUAGAAGUUGGGCAGCGUGCAGAGGACUCUGUGUUUAAACUGGACCUGAAGAACUUAGAAGAUGGCAAAGGCAAGAGCCCCUACGACCCACGUCAUGUGGCCGCUUCAGUGCUGGCAGGUGAAGAGCUCUAUUCUGGGGUGGCUACUGACCUGAUGGGCCGCGACUUCACGAUCUUCCGCAGCCUUGGCUCAAGGCCCUCUAUCCGCACGGAGCAGCAUGACUCCCGGUGGCUCAAUGAGCCCAAGUUCAUUGAUGUUUUCUGGAUCCCGGAGAGUGAGAAUCCCGAUGACGACAAGAUCUUCUUUUUCUUCCGGGAGACAGCAGUGGAAGGAGCCCAGGGGCUGGGCAAGCAGACCUUCACCCGCAUUGGCCAGAUCUGCCGGAAUGACAUGGGUGGGCAGAGGAGCCUGGUGAAUAAAUGGACAACUUUUCUGAAGGCCCGGCUGGUGUGCUCGGUGCCCGGCAGCGAUGGGAGUGAUACGUACUUUGACCAGCUCCAUGAUGUAUUUUUGCUGCCAACCAGAGACAAGCGCAACCCUUUGCUGUAUGCUGUUUUCACCACCUCCAGCACCGUCUUCAAGGGCUCUGCUGUCUGUGUCUACCAUAUGAGUGACAUCCGCAGAGCCUUCUUGGGACCUUUUGCUCACAAGGAAGGGCCAAACUAUCAGUGGGUGUCCUACCAAGGCCGGGUCCCUUACCCUCGCCCAGGAAUGUGUCCCAGCAAAACCUUUGGCACAUUUAGUUCCACCAAGGAUUUCCCUGAUGACGUGAUUCAGUUUGCUCGCAACCACCCGUUAAUGUACAACUCUGUGUUGCCACAUGGCCAGCGACCCAUCUUCCUGCAGACCAACGUGGGCUACACCUUCACCCGCAUCGCAGUAGACCGAGUGGCUGCUGCUGACGGCCACUAUGACGUCCUCUUCAUUGGCACAGACAUUGGCACUGUCCUGAAGGUCGUCUCUGUGCCCAAGGAGAGCUGGCAAAACAUGGAGGAGCUGCUGCUGGAGGAGCUGCAGGUGUUUAAGGACUCCUCUCCAGUUACAAGCAUGCAGAUCUCCUCCAAGCGGCAACAGCUCUACAUUGGCUCCAGGACUUCUGUUUCCCAGCUGCCCUUGCACCGCUGUGGGAUCUACGGCAAAGCUUGUGCUGAAUGCUGCCUGGCUAGAGAUCCAUACUGUGCCUGGGAUGGGACUACCUGCACUCGCUACAUGCACAACACCAAAAGGCGGUUCCGGCGUCAGGAUGUGCGAAAUGGGGAUCCCAAUGUGCUCUGCUUUGGAGAUCCCCAGCGAAGCAGCGUCCCAGAAAAGAAAUUAUAUGGAGUGGAAGGCAGCAGCGCUUUCCUGGAGUGCCUCCCUAAGUCACUGCAGGCCCAGGUUGUGUGGACGUACCAGAAAAGCAGCAGCGCCCCCCGGAAGGAGGUGCUGUUGGAUGACCGAGUCAUCAAGAUGGAGCGGGGGAUUCUGUUGCGCAAUGUGCAGCGCAAAGAUGCUGGCCUCUACCACUGCCACGCCACGGAGCACGGCUUUACCCAGAGUUUGCUGCACCUCCAGCUUGAAGUGAUUCACGCCCAGCAGGCAGACUCACUCUCCGUCUCCCGGGAAGAGGAGCCCGCACAGCCCUUCCACCGCAAGCUCUGGUACCAAGAUUUCUUGCAGCUGGUGGACCACCCCAACCUCAGUACCAUGGACCAGGUAUGUGAGCAGCUGUGGAGCCGCAAGAGCCACCAGCCGAAGAAGAAGCCGCCGCUACCCCCUCCACUCAGCGUCAAGGCCAAGAGCCACAAGUGGAAGCACCUGGAGGACAAGCGGAAAGGCCGCAGCCGGAGAACACACGAAGUGCCCCGUGCGGAGAGGGGGCCCCGGAGCACUGACGUCUGGUGACCUGCAUGGAGUGCAGCUGGACAACCAACCUCUAUGCUGGGGAGCAGGGUGGGCGUGUAGGGAAAGGGGUGGGAGAGAGGAUGCAGGACCAUGGUUUGGGGGAGAGGGCUUCCUUUCCAUCCUCCUGGCGGCCGCUUCAUACGUAGUUUGUAGGGGGGGUGUUGUCGUCAUAGCAACUUAGCUGCCAUUCUUCAGAACUCGGUGCGAAGCAACAGAACCCGACAGGAGAGGGUGGCUUCUGUAGCCCUCGCCUCUUCCGUAACAUACAACCAAAGAUGGUGGCAGCAGUCUCGGGGGACCAAAGGAACCAAGUUAUGAUGAUAUCCUGUGCAGUGGGAAGUAAACCAGGCAGCAUACGCCAGGAGUUGUGGUCCCUUUUUUCUUACCCUCAAGGAUCUGCUGACUGUCAAGAUGUAAUUCUGGGGCUGAGGAGCCUUCUAGCUCUGGAGCGUCUGUUCGUGCUCAGAAUCUUCCUCUGAAGAGGACAGUCCCCCGACGCAUCCCUCUGUCUUGAUAGGCAGGGUGCCUACCCCGUUUCCUCUCGCUUCCAUAACCAAACCGACCUGCCUUGUGCGCAUAAGUGUAGCAAUGUGCUCUCCCCCUCCAGAGACACUACAGAACCACUGAUGUAUUUAUUAACAGAUUGUUAACUGAUGAAUGUAAAUCCACCACCAGGUGGCCCACCAGCAUUUAGCCUCUGACUGAAGGGACAGGGCUCCUGUUGCCCAAAGGAUUGUGGGUACACUUCUGAAAUGUUUUGGAUGUGCAUGUGGCAAUGAUGAUGGUAACAGAGAUGAGGAACCGUGGCAUAUCUCCUACGCUCUCAGAUCUAUAUUUUAUAUGGCCCUCAGGGGAUUCUUCAUCAGACUGAGACCCCCUCAAGUGGCAGGGCAGUAACAGAAAGGCAGUUAACACACUGGUAAAAUAUUGAAGUUGAGGCCCUGUCAUUACACAAGGAUGUUUGUAAGGUCAUGUUGAGCAGUGGAGGUGUCUAUCUGUCCUUCCUUUGAAGGUUAUUGCCAGAAGAAUGAUGGCCAACCAAGGUUUGUUCCCUUCUUUGGUCUGCUCUGGGGCCCAAGUCACCAGCCAAAACCCAUCGGGAACAAUAUCUAAAAGAGUAGCCCAGACCUCCCCUUCUCCAUCUGUUUUGGGCCAUAUCUCCCACCUUCUCUUGGCCAUGUUGACUGGGGGUGAUGGGAGUUGUAGUCUAAACCAUUUGUAGGGCACCAUCUUGGGAAAGCCUUGGCUAGACCAAAUGAGGACACUCAUUUUGAAUUCUUCAUUUUGGGAGUGCCUUGUGAGGCACCUCUGUGGAGUGCCCAGAAAGGUGUGGUCAUGCAGAUGAAGCUCAUCUGUCCCUUAGAUAUGCUGGGGAGGUGUUGAUCUCUGUGUUGCUUCCUGUUAGGUUUCAGUCUGAAGGGAGGUGGAGGUGUUGGCCUGAUAGAGGCAAUGCAGUCUUGUCUUGGAUUAGGAUUUGGGCAGCAAGGGUCUGAGAUAGAUAGAUGUGCUCUGAUUUAAGAUAUAUAAGCUGUUUCUGUGGUAUCUGAAACACUAGAAAAGGGUGAUAUCAGCACUACCUAGUCAAGCUGAAAGUCGCUGUCUAGUGAAACAGAAAGUGAGACUGGAGCCCACCAUCUUAAAGAACAGAGCAGAACCAAUGGUUAGUUAUUAAAUUCACAGUUCACAGCCAGUAAAAGGAAAACUGGCUUACAGAGUUCUCAACAGCCUGUACUGUACCAUUUUUUUAGUGCAAACUGCCCCUAAAUUGUCCUGCCAGUGAGGAAUUUCACAGCUUCUUUAAGAAAAAUUGUUGUUUUGCCUUUUAUUUCCCUUUGCUUUUAGAGUAGCCUACUGCCAUGGCACCUGGCUGUCCCUUUUGCCUAUGUAGGGUAAAAACUUUCUCUAUAAUACAUGGAUGUUAGAACUAAUCUGAGAUAUUUUACAAAUAGAUUCUGCUACAUUGUCAUUCUACUUAGGGUUGCCAUAUGUCCUCCUUUUCCAGGACACACCCUCUUUUUCAUGGGUGUGUAAAAUGAGUGUCGUCACAGCAAUCCAUAGUUAAAAGUAAAAGUUGGCAAAUGUGUCCUCUUUUUUGCUCUCCAAAAUAUGGCAGCCCUAUCUACCCCCCUCCCCACUUUACCAGGCAAAGUUGCUGAUUUAAAAUGGAACCAAUAUCCCACAUGUACAGGUCUUUUAAGGUUUUUUUAAGAACACUUUUUGCAGUAUUGUAAGCUACACCACAGACUGUGGAGCUGUGUGGUGAGGGAUAAAUGGCAAAGGAGAAGCAAAUCAAGCUUAUUACAUUAUUCCAGAGUCUUUGGUCUACCCAAAAAUGGACUUGGAAAUGUAGUUUUCAGAGAGCGCAGAGAAAAUGACAAUUCCUAGCAUGCCUGGCACCAGGCUCAGAGUGAUAGCAGCACCAAUGCCAUGUGAAGGAAGGAGGAGAGACCUACCCCCCUUGUCACUACCAGGGCUGCAGAAUCAGCAGCGAGGUUGACUUUUGGGUGAGUGAGAGAAUUUGAAGGCAGGGGGAUAGGUUAGAGGAGGGAUUUGACCCUGUUGGACCUUCAGCUGGAAGCAUACCUGAGUUUCCAGAGCGACUCUCUUGAAAAAUAGCUGAUCACAUAGUCAGACUUUUCCUAGACUGUAUCAUUUCAGACUGCAGAUAUGGAACUGUUCGGUUGAAUGCUGUCCCAUAUUUCUUUUUUUAAAAAAAAUAAAAAAUCCCUGCACAUAAAAGAGGUUUCGGGAACCCCCUUCUAUCCUGACAUCUUGUUUUCCCAGGCAGCUGACUGAACCCUGUUGGAGACCAGGGUUUCUGAAGCCUUUAAACGGCAUUAAUAAAAUGGCAUUAAUAAAAACAUAAUGUCAUCACUGUAAUCUUCCUUGCUUGGUUAUGGGGAAUGGCUGUGAUUUAGUAUGCUGCUCAAGUCUUAGCCUGUUUCCUGUAGCUAAGGGGUGUAAGGGAGAGUGUGUCAUGAGAUUCAGUUAUGCCUAACACUUCAUCUUUGAGUUCUGCCUCCUACUCUCUUUUGUGCAUGAUUGACAGCUGUGAAGGAUUCAGGCAUGCAUAGCUUGCCAUUUCCCCUUGUACGUAAUUUGGGGAAAGGGGUUAGACCCAUUAUUGUGCAGUGAGCCACA